UGCCGCAGGCGUCUUCCCGAAGCCAACGCAACCGCUUCCUUCUCCGCCUCCGCUCCUCUCCCUUCCCCGCCUCCUCUCCGCUGCCAUUCCGCCACCGCCGCUCCACGCGACUCCCCAAGUAAAGCGGCGCCGCGAGCGGCCAGGAGCCGCGGUUCCGCGCGCGGGGGGUUGCGAGACCGAGCGCCGCAGGCGGCCGGCAUUCCGGGUCCGGCGAGAUGUUGGGGGAGCUCCUGUCGAAGCUCCUGCUGUAAGCCCCCGUCGGAAUUCGUCCCACCCGAAUGCUGCCUCCUUCGCCGGGCCGGCUGCUCUUCGGGUACGCCAUGCCGGCGUUCGAGUGCUUCAAGACGGUGGAGACGCGCCCCAACGACGCGCACAUGCUCCGCUUCUGGUGCCAGUACUGGAUUAUUGUGGCCAUGGUUAUAGCCUUUGAGAGCGUGAUCUCUUGGAUGCCGAUGUAUUCAGAAAUGAAGCUAGCUUUCUUUGUCUAUCUCUGGUACCCCAAAACAAAGGGAAGUGAUGUGGUAUAUGACACCUUUCUUCGGCCCAUAGUGAUGCAAUAUGAACCAAACAUCGAGCAGAGGCUACUGCAUCUGAGGGCGAAAUCAGGGCAACUGCUUAGCUUCUACAUGAAGAAUUUCGCAGACAAAGGGACAGCCUUCUUCAUGGAUGUCCUUCGCUAUGUCGUAUCAGAGAAACCUGAAGGAUCCAAUGCAGAGCAGAAGAACAAGAAGUCCGGAUGGAGCCCCUUCGCCACCAAGCGCCGGCCGCCGUCGCCGCCACCGCAGGAGUCCUUGUUCGAGAGCAACCCCGACGCCGCCGUGGUGGCCGAGGCUCUGCGCGCUACCAUCGGCGCCGCGGGGGGUGGCGCCAAGCCCCGGCGAGCGCCCAACGGCAAGCAUUACUAGAGGAAAUCAAAGAGACUCCUACACAAACUAUAGGGGAUGAUUUUAUCUGUUGUACAUAGAAUGAAUGGACGAAUCAAUUAUCAAAGAAAGUAGAAUGAAUGAACGAAUCAAAGAAAGGCAGAGGGAAAAAAAAAGAGGUAGAGUACAUAGCAAAAUCAGCAACCAUUCACCAUUGUGAAGAACAGAUGGAUGUGUAUCAAGUAUGGUUCAAGUGAUAUGAAAGAAAUCGUUAGUUUUUCAUU